CAAGGAUUGUGCUUGGCUGCAAGUAGAGUAGAUAAACGCGCGCUUUCCAGAGCAAACUCGCCUUACGCAGCAUAAACGGCUUCUGUUUGUCCAACCCAUCAGCAGCACAGCAGGAUGGAUACCCCUGUCUGUUGUUGUUCGGUGCGUAAACCCUUGAUGAAAUCUGCUUUCAAGGCCAACGAAAUAACUCUGCGCUAUUUCUUUUUGGUAGAUGUUUCAGCUGCUGAAGCUAUCGAUGGAGUGGCCGUCUUUGACUUAGCCGCUGGAUGUUUCCUUGCAGGAUGUUUGGUUAGUUUUUAUACGGCUGUGGUUGUGGUUGUGGUUGUUAAUGCCCCUGCUGUUGUCGGAGACUUCACCCUAGCUUUGGUCGUUGUCACCAUGACCUCGGUCGCCGUCGAGGACUUUGUCUUAGCUUCGGAAGAGGAUCUGGAUGUGGAUGUGGAGAUGGGGAUGGGGGAUGGGAGGAAGACAGGGACGGGAUAGCACUCAUAUUAUUUGUAUUGGCAGACGUUGACAGAAUACGAAAAUUCGGAUUAAAG